CCUAAUAUCCAAUAUUUGUAGCGAGAGAGGGGCGAUAGACGGCGAGAGUGAAUGAUGGAGGGAUUGCUACGGGCAACCGUGGAAGCCAUACACUCGAGCCCUACGCAGGCAGUCCUCUACGUCUCCGGUGGAGCUUCUCAGGCCCUAGGGCAUUUGAUGUCAGUGCCAGGAGCGUCCAACACAGUCCUCGAAUCCGUGGUUCCUUAUUCUAGAAUGUCCAUGAUCCAAUUGCUGGGCAGGAUUCCUACUCAUUUUGCGUCGCAGCAAACUGCUGAGGAAAUGGCUUUACUGGCUUACAAUCGUGCCCUUAAGCUCAGUAACCCAGGUUCCCCAGUUCUAGGAGUGGGCUUUACUGGUUCUUUGGCUAGCACACGUCCAAAACGUGGUGACCACAGGUUUCACUUGUCAACAAGAACAUCAGACAGACUUUGGGCAUCUACAGUUACCUUGUCAAAGGGUCUGCGAACUCGAGAGCAAGAAGAGAAGGUUUCGAGUCUUUGUUUACUCAAGGCAAUUGCAUAUGCAUGCAAAGUCCCAGCAACAUUUGUUUCGGAAUUGACUGAAUCUGAAGUGUAUGAGGAGUGUGAAAAACAGUUCAAUGAAGAUGAAGAAUUGGAGCAACUUAUAAAUGGGCAAAUAUGUUUUAAGGUUUAUCCAUUUUCAAGUGAGGCAAAUAAAUCAAAUGCUGACAGGAAAAUAAUACUAUCUGGUUCUUUUAAUCCUUUACACGACGGUCACCUUAAGCUCUUGGAUGUUGCUACCAGCAUUUGUGGUCGUGAUGGGUAUCCAUGCUUUGAAAUAUCAGCUGUCAAUGCAGAUAAACCUCCACUGACAGUAUCUCAAAUCAAAGAACGCGUUAAGCAAUUUGAAAGAGUUGGAAAGACAGUAAUUAUUUCCACUCAGCCUUAUUUUUAUAAGAAAGCAGAGCUUUUCCCUGGCAGUGCUUUCGUCAUUGGUGCAGACACUGUUGUGAGGCUUAUCAAUCCAAAAUACUAUGAUGGGAGUAACCAGAAGAUGCUGGAGAUACUUGGGGGGUGCAAAAGAACAGGAUGCAUUUUCCUUGUGGGUGGUCGAAACAUAGAUGGCGUUUUCAAGGUUCUUGAAGAUCUUGAGAUUCCAGAGGAGUUGAAAGACAUGUUUAUCCCAAUUCCAGCAGAGAGGUUCCGCAUGGAUAUAUCCUCUACUGAAAUACGGCAGAAGGCAGAGAAUAUAGAACUCAGUGACUAAGGUGGUGUUCGAUUUUGGAUUGAAUAGAAAAAGUAAAAAUAUUUAAUUUUUUUUUAUUCAGCUAAAAUUAAUCUAUUAUAUCAAUCAAUAUAACUAAAGUGAAUUAGCUGAAUAGAAAAAACCAAAAUAUUUGACUUUUUUUAUUAAGUUGGAAAAUAAACACUAUGUAACAUUUUGACAUUGUAAUGAUUCCUGGAUCCUUAAAGGGACAACAAAUGUAUGUAACACAUGGAGCUCAUCUAUGCAAAUAAUAUUUGAGGGAUCAAAAUUUAAACAAAAA